CGGUGCGAGAUGGAAAGCUUUACACCCGAAAUAUCCAGUAUUUGUCGGUUUUGUUUGAGCCAAAAUGAGAAACUUCUCAUACCAGUUAGCAAAGCGUUAAAUACUUCACUCGCCAUUGAAGAUGUAGAGCGGUUUACCGGUAUUCAGAUUAAACCGUACAAUUUAUCAGUGUACAUGAUGUGUUUCGAUUGUACGCGAAAGCUGAAAAAGUCUGCCGAAUAUCGGGAGUCAUGCAUAAGUAAUGAUAUACUGUUUUAUGAGCUGUUUGGCAAACUUGAAAACGACGAAUCCUGCGAUGACUACGAAGGUGCUCACUCUUCAAAGACGGAAACAUUUACGAUUGAAUUGGUCCUUCCACACAAUGCGUCCUCGGAGCAAACACAGCUCGAAGAGCAGCGAGAAGAAAUCAGUGGAAACAGUACAUCGAACGACGAGGACGAAACUACAGAAAUACCACAUCAGCAGCACGACGGAUUGGAAGUGGAAAAAUAUGAAACAGUUAAUACAUGUUUCAGUGACGAGGAACAGCAUGAAAAGGCUGAAAAUUCAUUUACCACGGCACGGUCGAAUGGCGCGACCGGUAGAAAUCCUGCCCGGCAUGCUACCAAGAGAAUGAGUAAAGUGGGUGAGUCGGGUACGAACCUUUCGAGAAACUACAUUCGUGCGAAGCAGCUUUGCGUCACCUGCGGUAAGUUGGUGAACAAUUUAGCUCGCCACCAGCAAAGCCACACGCUGGAAACGAAACGUGCCUGUCCACACUGUCCGGUGGAAAUGGUGGAUCAUUCGAACUUGCUGCGUCACAUAGAGGCUGUCCAUUUGAAGAAGAUUGUAAAAUCUUGCGAAAAAUGUGGCAAAGGUUUCACGCACAACAAUACGUACAAAUCGCACAUGCGUUCACAACACGGCAUUGGAGAAACACACAAAUGCAUACAUUGUCAAAAGGAAUUCAACCAUCCUGGUGGUUUGCGGGACCAUUGCAAACGAUUCCACAGCAAUGUGUUCAACUUCGGCUGUACGACGUGCGGUAAACGUUUUAAACUCAAACAGGAACUGAGAGUGCACGAAAGGGUUCACUCGGCGGAAAAACCUUACUCGUGCAGCUUGUGUCCAAAGCGUUUCAAAAGUGGUUUUGCUAAGAAAACGCACGAACUUACGCACAGUGGGGUUAGCUUCGAAUGUACUAUCUGCAACAAAUCGUAUCGCUACAAAGCGCUUCUCAGUAUGCACUGCAGAAAAAUGCACCCAGAAGAACAGCCAACGGGAGAUCAGGCUAACCAGGAAAUUAAACCGACCGUAACCGUUUACGUAGGUUCUGGAAACGAAUAAUUUGCCUUUUUUGGAUGAGGUGCUUAAAAUAAGUUUACAAACUUUGACGAGAAUCGAACGAGAUACUGUUUGAUGAUGAAUAUGUAUUUAUCAAGAGGAGAUAUACUUAAAAAUCAUUUAUUCAAGAUAUUCCCGAACCGAUCAUGCUUUGCCAAAAUGUGAUGAACAAUAUUUGAUUUUUGUUUUUAAUAUUCUGACUGUAUAUCUCCGCCUAAGCUGAUAUAAAUUUCAUAACCGAAAAACAGAACAAAAUCUUACUGUCUUUGUACCAUGCCGUGAACGGAUAAAAUGGCUUAUAAUUUAUGCAGAAAAGCUGUUAGUUUGUGGGACAAAUUUUAAAUGUUUUCAUGAGUAUAACAACAAAUCUUCUAAAUAAAACUAUCAACAUGGCAAUUCAUUAAAA